UUUCAAAUUCUUAACUACUGAUAGGAUCGCCCAUGGCUCUCCAGGCUGCUUCUUUCCUUCCCUCUGCUUUCUCUGUCAACAAAGAGGGCAAGUCCAAUGUAUCUCUGAAGGACACGGGUUUCUUUGGGAUUUCACUCUCUGACCAUCUCAAAUCUGAUUUCAAGCCUCAAUCCAUAAGAACAAAGAGGGAAUUCAAUCAAAACAAGCAAUCAGUUGGAGCUGUCAGAGCUCAGACGGCAGUAACAACUCCGGCAAUAAACAGGGCCACACCAGAAGGGAAGAAAACCUUGAGAAAGGGGAGUGUGAUAGUCACUGGAGCCUCAUCAGGUUUGGGUCUUGCCACAGCCAAGGCUUUGGCAGAAACAGGGAAAUGGCAUGUAAUUAUGGCCUGCAGGGACUUCCUCAAGGCUGAGAGAGCUGCAAAAUCAGCCGGCAUUACUAAGGAGAAUUAUACCAUCAUGCACCUGGAUCUUGCCUCCCUUGACAGUGUCCGACAGUUUGUUGAUAACUUCAGGAGAUCAGGGAGGCCACUUGAUGUAUUGGUCUGCAAUGCUGCUGUCUACCUACCCACUGCGAAGGAGCCUACAUUCACCGCGGAAGGUUUUGAGCUGAGUGUGGGAAUUAACCACCUUGGACACUUCCUCCUAUCUCGAUUGCUGCUGGAUGACCUGAAGGGGUCAGAUUACCCGUCAAAGCGUCUCAUAAUUGUUGGUUCAAUUACAGGAAACACAAACACCUUGGCUGGGAAUGUACCUCCAAAGGCUAACCUUGGGGACCUCAGGGGACUUGCUGGAGGUUUGAAUGGCCUCAACACCUCAGCUAUGAUUGAUGGAGGAGAUUUUGAUGGGGCCAAAGCCUACAAGGACAGCAAGGUCUGCAACAUGCUUACCAUGCAGGAGUUCCACAGGCGUUUCCAUGAGGAGACCGGCAUUACCUUUGCAUCCCUCUACCCUGGUUGCAUUGCUACAACAGGCUUGUUUAGGGAACACAUUCCCAUGUUUAGGCUUCUCUUUCCUCCCUUCCAGAAGUACAUCACAAAAGGCUAUGUCUCUGAAGAGGAAGCUGGCAAGAGACUUGCACAGGUUGUGAGUGAUCCAAGCCUGACCAAGUCAGGAGUCUACUGGAGCUGGAACAAGGACUCAGCUUCCUUUGAGAACCAGCUGUCCCAAGAAGCCAGUGAUGUAGAGAAGGCAAGGAAGGUGUGGGAGGUCAGCGAGAAGCUUGUUGGUUUGGCUUGAAUGAACAACCGGGGAUGAGGUUUCUCUUACUGGUGGAUCUUCGCCUUGAAAGGGGGACCAAGAAACAUUUAGCUCCAGAUGAUUAUGCUCACCAUGAAUGUCUGUGUGCUCUUGUAUGCAAAAUUCCUCUUUGUUGAAGUAGAAAAUUUUGAAUUGCCUGGAGACAAUAAAAUCACUCGGUUCCUUUUACAAAA